AUGGGCGGUGACAGCUUUUCUCUCCGCCCUGCAUCCCACAGAAGCACCCAGGAUGUCCUCGGAGAUGCUUUGGACCCGGUGCUCACAGCCAAGACCUGUCUUGUCAACGAGGCCCUCAACGAGAUCGGCUGGACAAGCUUCCAUCUCAAGCUUUCAUUCUUGACGGGUUUCGGCUUUGCCGUCGACUCACUCGCCGCGUUCCUGCAGAGUGUCGCAGCGUCGCAAGCCUAUCUCGAAUUCGGAACCGGCCGGUAUCCUACCGCGGCGACGAUGGCUCUGUACGUUGGUCUUCUAAUUGGAGCUCUUUUCUGGGGCUUCAGUGCCGACAUGAUCGGGCGCCGCAUUGCUUUCAACACGACGUUGUUCAUCGCUUCUAUUGCCACCAUUGUUGCGGGUGCCGUGCCGAACUGGGUUGCCUAUUGCAUCUUCGUCGCCCUUCUCGGCUUCGGGGCUGGCGGAAAUCUGGUCCUUGAUCCCACAAUUAUGCUCGAGUUCACACCAGCUAAGCAGCAAUGGGUUAUUACGGCUCUGGCAGGCUGGUGGGGCGUUGGACAAGCUUCUGCCGGUUUAAUUGCCUGGGGGUUUUACUCCCGUAGUGAUUGGACGUGUGAUGGUGCUGACGAGAGAUGCACCUGGCAGAACAACAAGGCCUGGCGGCUUAUCAUGUUCACCGGCGGCUCUUUAUUCUUCAUCAUGUCUAUUCUACGUAUCUUCGUUGUUCGACUCCCAGAGACACCCAAGUAUCUGGUUAGCACCGGACAGGACGAGAAGCUCGUGUUUCUGCUUCACGAUCUCGCCCAAAAACACAACCGGCCCUGCGCCCUGUCGGUUGCGCAACUUCAGGCUUGUGGCUCAGUCGACGACCAUCGUAUUGAAAAGGGCUCGUACAAGUCGAUGCCGCUCCGCAUCGGCAGAGCUUUUGUGAGCCAGUCGAAAGGUCUUUUCGCCACAAGAAAGCUGGGACUGUCAACCGUGUUGAUCUGGCUUUCGUGGACUUUGAUUGGACUUGGAUACCCAUUGUUCUUCCUGUAUCUUCCCUCGUUGAUAAGCACCCGAGUUCCAGGCUAUGUGCCUUCAUUUACAGAGACGUGGCGCGACUACACCAUUACCAACGUUUGUUCCAUCUUUGGCCCUCUUAUUGCUGCCGGCCUCGCCGAGAUAAAUGUCCUUGGACGUCGAUACACGAUGAGCAUUGGCGCCAUGGUCACCGGUAUUUUCUUCUUUGGCUAUACAGCUAUCAAGACACCAGCCCAGAACCUCGCGCUGAGCUGCUGCAUUUCUGUUUGCAUCAACCUAUACUACGGAACACUAUAUGCGUACACGGCUGAAGUCUUCCCGUCGCCUCAGCGGGCUACAGGAAAUGGCAUCGCGGUGGCUAUGAACAGGGUGAUGGGGUUGAUCUCAGCAUUCAUAGCCGUCGAGGCAAAUACAGCGACUGUGACUCCGCUGUACGUUUCGGCAGCUCUGUUUGUCGUGUUGGGUGUAGUGUCAGUUAUUCUUCCAUAUGAGCCUCAGGGGCGAAAUUCCUCGUGA